UCCAUGCCUGAGAUAUUGAGUGUCGCACCCAGUUAUUCUUUUAUACCACUGCUGUUUGUAAUGUGGAGAGAAGUCAAAUGAGAAAAUUUGCAAAUGUCAAUAAAAACAACAUAAAAUGUAAUCAGUGCAUAAAUGUAAUUUUAACUUUUUGGCAGUAGAGAAGUGUGGUUUAAAGUUUUAAGUUUAAUCGCGUGUGUAAGAAAAUAAAUUACAAAUAUUUAAAAUAGCCGCCAAUAAGAAAAGACAUUAUUAAAAAAUUAAGAGGAUUUGUGUAGUUUUCUGUGUUGCUUAGUAAAUAAUUUUAAAUAAUUUUAGCUGAAGAUUUCUCUUUAAUGUUUAAUAUUAUAAAAAAGAAUCUGAGUCAUCUGCUAAUAUGACAGAAAAAAGUGCUGAGGAAGUAUUUAAAUGGAACAUGACGGAUGUUAAAACAUGGGCAAAAGUAAAGCACCUUUCUGACAACGUAAUUUAUUGCAUAGAAAGAGAAGGAGUCGAUGGGCAAGUGCUGCUAACUCUUACAGAAAAUGAUAUACGCGAUUUUCGUUUUCGUAUGAACUAUAAACUUUCAUUCGGUGAACUAAAAAAACUAUGGCUUAUGGUUCAUGCACUGCAAACACAAAACUCACCGCAAGUACAGAAAUCGCAAGCUUUCACUAGCACACAUGGAAUUUCCAUUAACUCAACAUCUGCCACAACGCUUCUGUCGCAAGAAUCGAUGGAAUCAUCUCCAGUGCAUAGGCAUUUACGAAAUAAUGCUGCUAGUGAAGGAUCUAUUUGCACUUGCAGUUUUAUUCAUAGCAGAACAGAUUGUGAUAUAUCACCACCGCUUUCCAUUGAUGGACGAGCUACUCAUAUACCUCAAGAACUCUUUAAAACCGCUAUUAGUUUAGCUUAUUCAUUUGCUGUGACAUGGAUAACCUCAUUUGUAAUGGUGAUUGUGCAUGAACGUGUGCCAGAUAUGAAACGUUAUCCACCGCUUCCAGAUAUAUUUCUAGAUAAUGUGCCGCACAUUCCAUGGGCAUUUCAUAUGUGCGAAUUAACUGGUACUCUGCUUUUUUCCGUGUGGGCUUUUGUUAUAAUAUUUCAUAAAUAUCGUUCCGUAUUAUUGAGACGUUUCUUUGCAUUAGCCGGUACAGUUUUUCUACUACGUUGCGUUACAAUGUUAAUAACUUCACUUAGUGUACCUGGAGCUCAUCUGCAAUGCAACCAAAGCGAUUACGCAUUUGAUGAUACUAUUAUAACAUUUGGUGAAGCUUUGGAAAAACGCAUAUUUCGUGCUUAUACCAUUUGGGCCGGUCUAGGCAUGUCAAUUCAAGGAGUUCGCACGUGUGGGGACUAUAUGUUUAGUGGACAUACAGUGGCACUGACACUAAUGAAUUUUUUCAUUACUGAAUAUACUCCUCGAAAUUUAUAUUUUCUACAUACGCUUUCCUGGCUGCUUAAUAUGUUUGGCAUUUUCUUUAUACUCGCUGCUCAUGAGCACUAUUCCAUAGACGUAUUCGUGGCCUUUUAUAUAACAUCGCGCUUAUUCCUUUAUUACCACACAUUAGCUAAUAAUCAGGCGUUGAUGUCGCAUGAUUCAACAAGGACACGAGUGUGGUUUCCUAUGUUUAGUUAUUUUGAAAGUUCUGUCGAUGGAAUAAUACCAAAUGAAUAUGAUACAAUUGAUGAACUAAAACAUAAUAUAUUUCAUUUCUUUAGCACCGUUAUAAGUAUGAUUAAAUAUGCUGUAACUAAUCUUUGGCAUGAAAUAAUGCAUAUACGUGAAAUAACAUCUUCAACGAUCUCAAUUUUCAGAAGAAAUAGUAAACCAUCAACUAGUGAACAGAUCAUCAAAAAAAACUUGAACAUUCAGGAAGAAAAUACGGAAAUUACACAGUUGAUUGAUAAAAUUGACGUUAAUGACGAAAGAGAUACUUUAGAUUUUCCUUCAACUUUGAGCGAUUAUGAAGAAGAGAAAACAGAAUGUUAUAAUAGCAUAGUUAAAAAUGUACAAAGUAAAACAUCUUUAACAAGUGAUACUGAUUUCAAACAAUCGGACACAAAAUUUAUUCUAGACAAUUAUAAUCAUUUUCAAACACGUUUAAAGAAUGACGAAAGAAUAGAAAAAAAACUAGAUGAAUUUGCAGUAGAAGAUCUUCAACCGGAUGGCAAUGAACUUAAAAGUAAGCGUAAAAUGUUUGCGAAAGACAAACUAGCACAAAUAGACAAUGUUCCAACUAUGGACAUUGUAGAAAAUAAUUUAGAAAAUACCUCGAAUUCAAAACAAAUUCAAGUGCCUCCAAUUGAAAAGUUAAUGCAACAAAUGUCUACCAUUACUGCUACUAAUGCAGUAACCAAAGAUGAGAAAAAAGCUGGAAUGCCAAUAAAUGAAGAACGUAAGACAUCUCUACCAGAAAAUAUAGUACAGCAAAAGUCUACCAUAUUAAUAUCAGAUAAUAAUGACAAUGACAACCAUUCAGGCGCAUCUGAUGCAUAAAUAUUUUAUUUUAUUAGAAAUGAUCUAAUAUUAUAAGUUAUAUUUAAUUGCAACAAAAUAUCAAAUAAACCAGUCAAUAACAAAUCAUUGUCAAAGCGUGCAAAUUGCACAACCCAAAUCGUAGCCUAAAUUUUAAAAUUUAUUCUUCCACAACAGUAUUUUUGUUAUAUCAUUAAAUCCAAAUCUGAGGAACAUGUGAUGACGUUAUAUUCAAAAUCUUAUUUUAUAUGAAACCUGUCCUACAAUUUGGCUAAAUUAAUUCCUUAUAAUUAACUGUAAUUAACUGUUGAGCAGUUAUUACUCGUCAUUUUAUUUCGUAUUGGCAUUUUAUUUAUUUUCUAAAUCAUCAUUUUCGAUUCAAACUCAAAUCGCAAUACAAAAUUCCAUUUAUAAUAA